CUCCGCAUGCUCCAUAUUUAAAUCCCGCAGGGCCCCCUCCCUCCACCCGGAGCUCCACCACUCCACCUCCGCUGCUCCGCGACGAGAGCGGGGGGGGAAAAUCCCAACCACCAGGUUGAUUGAUUCGCACACGAAACCAAUCGCAGACAAGUAUCGUCCCAGGAAGAGGGCCUCUUCGGGGUCGUCCAAAGAUAUAGGCAUCCGUGGUCCUUGGGAGCUCCAACUCCAAGUGAUUUCUUCUUGGAUUGCUGCGCCUCUUGCUCUCGAGAAGUCGCCAUGCUGUCUCUGAGCUGCCCGGGGGUGUCCAUGAGCAAGAAGGCGUUCGAUUCGGGGCAGCUGGCCUCCUGCCGCUGCAGCUGGCCGGGCGCGCGCGCGGCGCCGAGGCGGCAGCGCACGCCAUGUGUUUGCUUCGUUGCCUCACCCGCCACACAGCCUGGCCUUGCUGCAAUUGAUGUGCCCCCGCAGACGAUUGUGACGACGGCAAGCGUCCCUGAACGCAUUUCUGUUUCUUCGCUGUUGGAGGUUGUCUCCGGCGACUUGCUCAACCUCAACAACAAUCUCAAAUCGGUGAGCUUCGUCUACAAGCCACAUCGCAGUGUUCCCAAAGUUAUAGUCGGCAUGCUGUUUGCUUGCUACAUCAUCGUAACUUGCCUGUCUCAGCAUGUUUCUCAAGCUUUCGAUGUCCAUGGAAUUUUAUCAAGGCAAACAUUCAAUGAAACUUCAGAGUCCAGAAUCCAAUCUUUUGCAGGAAAAGAAACUAUCCAUCAGCUCUAUGGCACACGGGUGGCUGUGCUUGCAGGUGAUUUUAUGUUUGCACAGUCUUCUUGGUUUCUUGCAAACCUAGAAAACAUUGAAGUUAUCAAGCUCAUCAGCCAGGUAAUCAAGGAUUUUGCCAGUGGUGAGAUAAAACAAGCAUCAACUCUUUUCGACUGCGACGUCACCCUUGAUGAUUAUCUGCUCAAGAGCUAUUAUAAAACCGCCUCUCUGAUCGCAGCAAGCACAAGGUCUGCCGCCAUAUUCAGCGGUGUCGGCACCACUAUAUGUGAGCAGAUGUAUGAAUACGGCAGGAAUCUUGGGCUCUCCUUCCAGGUAGUGGAUGACAUUCUUGAUUUCACCCAGUCAGCCGAGCAGCUCGGGAAACCAGCAGGCAGCGACCUGGCCAAGGGAAACCUGACAGCCCCAGUCAUCUUCGCGCUGCAAGACGAGCCACGGUUGCGGGAGAUAAUCGAUUCUGAAUUCAGCGAGCCCGGUUCCCUUGGCACAGCGAUAGAGCUGGUUCACCGGAGCGGCGGGAUCAGAAGGGCUCAGGAGCUCGCCAAGGAGAAAGGCGACCUGGCCAUACAGAGCCUGCAGUGCCUUCCGAGGAGCGAGUUCAGAAGCACCCUUGAGAAGGUGGUGCACUACAAUCUCCAGAGGAUCGAGUAGGUAGCAGCUGCAGCUUCAACUCGGUUUCUUUGAAAGAUCCGGUGCCGCCGUACUGGGCUUCCAUGUGGAUUUGGAGUGGCUCCCCGCAGAAAUCCAUGUUUUUUAGUGGUAUCAUGUUGGUUCCGGGGAGAUCAUUGGUGCAGCAACCAUCACAUGCGAGUAUGCAACCGACACUGCCGCGUACCCACCAACCUCGUGGGAGCAUUUGCCUCGGCAUUUUGCUUUUGCAGCUCAUGUAUGUGUGUAUGUAUCUGCAAGGUAAAUAAGAAGGGCAGCAUAUUGCAUAGUUGAUCUUUGCAUUUCUUUUGGUUCUAGCUUGUUGUAGCAGUUUCAUUAUUGUUGUAACUAAAUUCAGAGAAACGGUUAUGGAUGAUUAUGAAAAUUACGUGUUAAUAUAUUCACCCCGUUCCAAAUUA